AAAUUUCUUUUCUUGGUAGUAAUAUACGCGAUAAUUUUACUUUUGUACUUUGGACAACGUCGAAGUCAAAUUUUACAAAACAUCGAUUCAAAACCAUCAGAGUCAUUCUAGUGAAUCGCAAAAGUAGUACAGAGUCGCUUCAAAUAACAUAUCUAAAAACCGGAAUAUACAGGAUAAAUACGGUAUAUAAUUGUACUUUAGACAAAGUUGCUACUGUUUUAUCAUAUGUACAGCAAUCUGAAGACACAAAUUACUUAAUUUUGCCGCGUAUUCCCGCUGAAUGGAUAUUUCCGUAUUGGAAAAACCCAGCAAUUAAGGCCACAUUUAGUAUUCGCAUUUAUCACAACAACGAUGAAAUUGCUUUUUCACAUAUGCGUGGUUAUAGAACUCGUGAAGGAAAUAUGUCCUGUACAUACUUUCCUCUUACACCUACAAGAUGUAUCAUGGUCUUAUGAAAUACUUCCUAUAAAUUCUAGCCAUUACGAAACUAUAAUAACCAAAAAUCUUAUUCUUUACAAUGUAGCUGACAUUAUAUACGAUGACAAAAUAGAUUCACUUACACGAAGAAAAGAAGUAACAUGUUUGAUCGCACGUACUGUAAUACAAGAAAUUUUCAAUGAAUGGUUACCUACAUUGAAACACUCUGAUUCUUGGUUUAUGGAAGGUUUUUUCACGUUUUACGGAAUUUAUAUUAUUGAUCAAAUUUGCUUUAAAUCUUUGCUGAAUUUGAUGGUGGUCCAAACACGACGGGAAGUUCUUGAUUUUGCGGAAGCA